AUGGAACUUCGUCCAAACCACCAAUUCAAUCCUUUCGCGUCCGAUGAGGAGCUUGCGCAAUAUGACCUCCCGGACCUCCCAGCAGACUUCGACAAGAUGGACUUCAAAGAACCUGCCACUGUGUCCAGACUCCUAGGGAUGCCCGUUCCUCAUAAAACACCAGCCGAGGUCCGCAAGGAUGCAAAGUCACUCUCCUCCUCACUGCUGGCAAGCUACGACCGCCUGAGGGCCAUCAUCGCACGCCACGAGCCCGCCAUCCACCACCGCUGGUUGCGGAAGAAGAGGCACCAGCGGCUUGAUACCCUCACGAGGGCUUGGGGUCCCGGUAUGGCUGCUGUACACCGUCCCGACUUUGACGCGUGGCGCAAGCAGGAGUCAUCUUUGGCGGCUUCCCGCAAGGGGAGCACCCAGGAUAGAGACUGCUUCAUGUGGCCGUACAUCAACCAGGAGGACCUGCUGAAGCCGAAGACGCUGCUGCUGCUGCUCAACGCGCGGGGCCGCCACCAUUCCUCCCACUUCGCCGGCGCCGACUUCGACGCGAUGCAUCUCGGCUGCGUCACCCAGAGGAUUGUCGCGGUGUUCCUCAAUUGUUACGUCAUGAUUCUUCACGGGGCCCGCGACGCCCGUGAGUAUGGCAAGUUGGUGGCGUGGGAGGAGCAUCCCGACGCGUUUGAGUGGAUGCAUACCCGAAGACAAUUCAUGCCGGGCGAGGGCCUUCUCGUCCUCGAAGCACAGGAGAGGACGCUGAGUUUCCUGGUCAAGUGCUGCGAGCUCAUCUUCCACGACGUCCCCUCGGACACGCUAACCACAGACGUCUUUCCCGUCCAGCCGGAGCCCGAGUUCAAGAACGAGCAGGAGGCAGAUGGGUUCGACUCGUUGGCGGCGAUGGCGGCGGAAGCUCCUUACCGCUUGCCCGCGCGCCUCGACCUCGACCGCAUCCAGUCCCUCCUCGGCACCAAGGUGGCGGCCGCGCGAGACCACAUCUGGUCGCUGCGUGAGGACCCUGGAUACUUUGCAGAGCAGCUCGCCGAGAUCACGGAGCAUCGACAGGAGAUGAUUAAAGAUGUCAAUGGCAACGCGCAUCCCACGCUCAGCCGCCUUAAGCAGGACACCUUCUGGGCGCGGGUGGUCGCGGAGACUGUGGCCAGAGCGUACGACGAGCUCGAAGUCUACACGCAACUCCACGACCUCGCGUUGGAGCUGCGGCGGGUGCUCGCCGCUCACGCCGGGUCAAUACACUCGUCCAGAGACCUGCCCGACGAGGUCAUGAACUCCCUCCUCAAAUUUCGUUUCUUCCUCAACGAAGCAGCCAAGGGCCCGCUUGGGCAGCUUAAACAGAGCGUUGUUGCCUCCCCGCCGAUGCGCCGCUUCUUCGCGCGCGACCCGCCCGUGAACGCCUCAUUCAUCGGUAUCAAGAUGAAGUCCGGGGUGAAGAUGAACAAGAUCGAGACGCAGCUGACGUGGCUCCUCCGUACACUCUGGGAAGACGGCCAGAAUCUCUUCUUCGCGAGCAUGCCCCUGAUUCUGGACGAGUUGGAACGCCUGCUGCACGCUGAGUCGCAGGCGAAAGAGCUGGUCAGUCCGUAUAUUGCCAGCGUCAUCGGCAGCCUCUCCAUCAUCUCGCAGUGCAUCUCCCAGCUCGACCUCUACCAGCCUUGGGCACGGAGCUACAUGUCCAAGAUGGUGGACAGGGAGGAUGGCUUGAAAAAGGAGUUUGCGGUGCAGACAGCAGGGCGGGCCAAGGUCAUGGCGGUUCUGAGGGAGAGCAAUGUUCUGCCAGCCGCGAGGCUGGCCGAGCCCUCGAACAACAGGUUCGCCUACCCGUCGGAGAAAAGGCGGACCAAGGCGGUCACAGCCACGCUGAUCGAAGCCGAGAGGAAUCUCGACGGGGUCUGGGCCGCCGUCGACCGCCUCAUACUUGAAAAGGCCGGGGGCUUGUGGAUGGAUGCCGUGAGACAUGUCCUAGAGCACAACCGCGGCCUGCAGCGCACCCCGGAGUGGGUUGAUGAGCCGGCUACCGGGGAGAAGAAGCCUAAGCCGACGGACGUCCAGACCGACAUCGUUUAUCGGCCGCUAUCCACACUGUACUUUGAGAAGUCAGGGGAAGCGGCAGAUGAUGCAGCCCAGCUUCCCAAGCUGAAGAAGAAAACAAAGGGCGUCGCAUCGCAAGACCCAGCAGAAACGUCCACUCCCACCACCGAAGCAGCUACUCACAUCGAGACGUCCGCGCCCCCCAUCCGCGUCGACGCCCGCUCCUUCAAAGUCUUUCGCACGCUCUUCUUCGAUCCCAACGUCACCUCCCAUCCGGGCCAGGUUUCGUGGAAGGACUUCCUUCAUGCCAUGACCGGAACGGGCAUCUUCGCCGCCGAGAAACUGUACGGGUCCGUGUGGCAGUUUGAGCGAACGGACGGAGACCAGAGCCGGAUCCAGUUCCACGAGCCGCAUCCGUACAGCAAGAUCCCGUUCGUGGUGGCGAGGCGGAUUGGUCGGCGGUUGAAUAGGAAUUAUGGAUGGACUGGGGAUAUGUUCGUGUUGAAGGGAACCCAAUAG